UAUUAAUGGUAAAGUAAAAAAUUAUAAGUCAAUGUAACAUUGAUUACUUUUUUUUAAAUAAAUUCUUCCAUUUAUUGCAUAGUUUAAAACAUUUUUAACGAUAUAAUUAAAUAUUUUAUAACGACGACGCGUUAAUCGUCAUAAUCUUUCUACAUGAAUAUUCAGUAACUGGGAAACCGACGAAAAGCGGCAAAAUAUUUAAAAUAAUCAGCCGUGUGCGGCACAUGGGUAAACUUGCAGUAAGCUUUCGCGAAUACCUGCCGACAAGUUGGUAACUCUCGGCAGGAAAAUCUGCAGCACGGCGUACAUACUUACUACGUGUAUAUAGUUCGUUGGAUAGAGAGAGAAAAAGAGACAGACUGUACGAGGAAAAGAGAGAGAGAGUGCGAGAGAGAGAGAGAGAGAGAGAAAGGAGACACGCAGACGAGCCGCAUAUAAUUGUAAAAUGGCAAAAGUAUAAACUUCUGUCAAAAAAUCGCACGUCGGAGGUUAUGCUUAUUAAUUGAAUCCCGGCCUGGUGCACUGCCACAUAAUAAAUUCGGCGAGAUAUUAUGACAUCUGCACGUUGUACGCUUUCUCGAGAUUUAUAGCGCGACGUGGCCGCGGUAUAAUCGCGUUUAUAAAGAUUACGCGUUCGUGCAAUAUUACUCAUGGUACACGUAUUUGUAAUCAGUUGAGAAUUUUUCACUAUCGAGGGAAACAUAUUUUCUAAAGUGCCGAAGAACUCGACAAGUUUGACGAUAAAGUCAUGGGUGCAUCACCGAGCAAAGUCGAGGAUCUCUCGAAAAAUACAUAUCUCGAAAGGUUCUGCAGCAAAGAGCCUAUACCGCUGGAGGAUGACUUUUGGAAUCAUUUGCUGUCGUACAAUAUAAGACCGCCACUGACUAGAAAUGAUCAAAUCGAGCUUGAUUCUAGAUUGGAUUUGUGCUGUCAACAGUUGUUAGUGAACAAUCAAAUAACGGGGAAUAUUGGCACACUCAUUCAAGUGACGCUUAUCAAAAUAACUGAACUUCUUCGCAAGCCUGACCAAGAAAAUAUCGUACCUGCUUGGCAAACCUUCAAUUCACUUUUUGCUGUAAGAUGUAUUUUAAAGUAUCUUAUAGAAACAGUUGGAGAAGAGGAAAUGGUCAGACAUACAGAAGCUCAAAUUUCUGUGGAAGAAUCAAAUAGCUUAUUACCAGUAAGAUUACAAUCAUUCAUUGAGGCUCUAGUUGGAAUUAUGGUGGAUGUACCACUGUGUGAAUUUACAUAUAUCGUUCAUCUAGAAGCUAUAAAUUGCCUAUUAGUAUUGUUAUCUGUUCAACUAUUUUCUCAAACUCCUGCAGAAUAUAGUACAGUUUAUAGAAUUGUUAUGAAUGAAGAAUUGCGUGCUCAUGCACCAGUGUUGGUUUGCACUUUGCUAAAUAAUUUUGCCGAACAGACCCAAGCACCUCCAGGUAUACUUGCUCCACAUCCUGGUUCCAGUAUUGUUUUCAGUAUUGCUGCUGGACUCUGGAAUGUAAUCACUUUUGGAAUCAGUAGUACUAAGAAUGUUUCAGUAUCACAUGGUGGUAAUAUGGAAGAAAUUGAAAAGAAACGAGAUACUGAUACUCCAUUAGCUAGUCAGUCCCUAUUAUUGCUGUUGGUCUUGACAAAUCAUUGCACGCAGCAUUCUUUACACAAUUCAUACAGGGAGGCGCUCUUCACAUUUACAAAUGUUACAGAAAACUGUCAAACAUCUUGUGAAGGACCAUGUGCUUUUAAAUUUAAUGUAGAAAAAUUGUAUAGGACAAUAUGUAAAGUACCUAAUACAGAUGAAAUUACACUCCUUCUGUACAUGCUGCUUCACAGAAACUCUAAUGUUAAACAAUUCAUAAUGAAAAGGCUGGAUUUGCAAUCUCUGAUAGUACCUAUUCUGAAGAUACUUUAUAAUGCUCCAGAUAAUACUUCCCAUCAUAUUUAUAUGUCUCUAAUUAUUUUAUUAAUCUUGAGUGAAGAUGAAUCAUUUAAUAAGAGUGUUCAUGAUACAGUAUUGAAAGGUGUAACCUGGUACACUGAACGAUCAAUCAGUGAAAUAUCUCUUGGAGGUCUACUGAUUCUUGUUGUUAUUAGAACCAUUCAAUACAACAUGUUAAAAAUGAGGGAUAGAUAUUUGCAUACAAAUUGUUUAGCAGCUCUGGCAAACAUGUCAAGUCAAUUUAGAUCAUUACAUCCCUAUGUAAGUCAGAGAUUAAUAAGCUUAUUUGAAACAUUGGCCAAAAAACAUGCUAAACUGGAAGCAACUGUUAGAGCUCAAUCUUCUUCAACUGAAGUGGCAAUAAAUAUUAAUAACGGAAAUGCAAACACUGAUUUGAUUCAAGAUUUAACAGUAUUAGAGGAAGUUUUAAGGAUGGUUUUAGAAAUUAUCAAUAGUACUUUAACCCAUCAGCUAGCGCAUAAUCAAAAUUUAAUUUACACAUUACUUUAUAAAAAAGAUGUUUUCCAACCAUUUAGAACUCAUUCUUCAUUCCAAGAUAUCAUUCAGAAUGUAGAUUCGGUAAUAAGCUUUUUUUCUGUUAAACUGGAGGAAAAAGAGCAUACUCAAAUUGGAGUGACCGAUGUAUUAGAAACAAUUAAACAAGGCACUAGUCAAUGGCCACGAGAUCGUUUGAGGAAAUUCCCGGAACUCAAGUUCAAAUACGUAGAAGAAGAGCAACCAGAAGAAUUUUUCAUUCCUUACGUUUGGAGUGUGGUGUAUCAAAGUGCAUUGCUUCACUGGAGCGCCGAAAAUAUAAAAUUAUUUUUACCAAGCCAGGGAGAACAGACAACCGUCAUCGUUUGCUGAUACGACGACAACGUCGACGACACAUGAUAUUGCAUUAUUUGUUAAGACUAAUACAACAAAAACUACUUUGUUAACGCGAUUAUGACACUGCGGAAAUCUUUCUCGCACUAAAACGUUUAUAGCUACGGUGUAAAUUUUAUCAAAGGCGCUAAUGAAACGGAGCGCUUUAUAUAAAUUGAUUACUCUUCGCCAGUGCCAACUGCAACAGAUCUGUUAAACGAAGAAUGCUACCAAAUUACGUUGAGGUACGCGGCGCCAUUCAACCAAACGUAUCCCGCUAUCGAUUUCGUUGCAAUAAUGAACUUAGCAUAGUUACUGCUAAUCGUAAAUGGGCUACGAAUUCAGGAGAGCAGAUAUAGCUUUUAAUAAUCAAUCAGCUUUGAUUAGUGUAAAUAAUUUUUCAUAAAUUAUGCCAAUACUAUACUAAGUAUGAAUACAAAUCUGAAUCAUUUUUUAUAUAAAAAUGUAUAUAACUAAACUGUUUCCACUGUGAAUAGAAUAAAGAUAAAAUAAAAUUAUGUAUAUAAAAAAUUUAAUUCGUGUUCAACGACACCUUCUCUUUUGCGCAAAUCGGCGAAUGAUUAGGGUAAAAAUAAAAACCAAGAAAUAGCUUA